UUUCCAAAAAUUAAAAGAAGGAAAGAAAAGUGGAGUUAAUAUUUUCUUAAUUGUAGAAAAUAUAAGGAUAAAAAUUCAAACUCUCUUUCGAAAAUAUAUAAAUUUUUAUAAUUGAAAAAUUUUAUUUGUGUUUCAGAAAUUUUAAAUAAUUAAAACAAUGAAGGCUACCAUGGCAGCACCUUUAGAAGACUUGGAAACCCAGUUGGAGAUGUUCAUAGAAAAUGUACGUCAGAUCAGAAUCAUAGUUAGUGAUUUUCAGCCACAAGGGCAAAAUGUUCUUAAUCAAAAAAUACAAAGUUUGGUCACUGGUUUACAGGAAAUUGACAAAUUAAAAAAUCAAGUUCAAGAUGUCUAUGUACCCUUUGAAGUUUUUGAUUAUAUUGAUCAAGAUAAAAAUCCUCAAUUAUAUACAAAAGAUUGUAUAGAAAAAGCUUUAACAAAAAAUGAAGAAGUUAAAGGUAAAAUUGAUGCUUACCGCAAGUUCAAAGUAAAUAUGAUGGUUGAGCUUCAGAAAACGUUUCCAAAUGAAAUAAGCAUGUAUAGAGCUAUUCGAGAUGAAUAGUAAAAUUAUUUUAUUGCAAUGAAAGUAGUUUUUAAGAACAAAAAUUUAAUUAACUAAAAUAAAAUUAAGAUCUACCUACUUAAAUGAACACCUAUUCAAAAAA